AUGGACUCGCCUACACAGAUGGCGUACCAGUCGCUCCUGAGAGUAGUCCAUCUCCUCGUUGACAAGUUUGAACAGCUUCGCCCUUUCAUCCGCGGGGCGCUGCAGUUCCCACGCGACCAAGUCUUCAGCCUCUGGCGGGCAGUCAGCGCCCUGGCGUUGCCCGUCAACGAGGCCCAGUCGCAGCUCCUCGCCGAGGCCGUCACGCGGGACAACGCGACGCACGACUCCAUGCAGAAUCUGUACUCCGAGGGGCUCGUGCCAGAGAUCGGGCGAGUCCACAGCGCCGACAUGGCAGAGUCGGUUCUGGCGGAGAACUUGGCCGUAAUCUUUGUCCUCAACGGUGAGCUACCGAAAGAGACUGCCGACAGGGAUCAGAGCACUGGGUAUGCGCCGCAGAUGUGUCAAAAGCUCCGAAAUGCUCACCCCGCUGCCCUUGUCGCUUGGUAG